CUGAACCUUCCUGACUGUUUUGAUAAUAUAACCUUUCUCAAUCAUAACCGCCUGUAUUAGGAUUAUAACCUUGUACUCUAAUAUUACAUGUCUUUUCAGUGGUUCAAAUGCUUUAAAAAUUGUUUACUUACUCUAGUGAAAAAUGGAUAAUAUGUCGCCAGAAGAUAGUAAAGGUCCUUUGAAUCCUGUGACAUCCAAGAAUUUAGAAAGUUCCCAUUUGUUCUCUUGUUUAAAAAAAUAUUUUGGUUUCUCAUCUUUCAAAAGUGAUCUUCAAAGGAAAGCAAUAGAAAAAAUUUUGUCUAGAAAGAGUGAUGUAUUUAUAUCUAUGCCUACGGGUUCUGGUAAAUCACUGUGUUUCCAGUUGCCUGCAUUGAUGUGUGAAAAUAAAGUAACAAUUGUCUUUAGCCCACUGUUAGCACUAAUGAAGGACCAAAUUGACGCUCUAAGAAAACUUAAGAUCAAUGCUGAAACAAUAAAUUCAAGAAUGUCAGCAAGUGAGCGUCAAAGAGUGAUUACUGAUUUAAAGUAUGUUAAACCUAAUACCAGGCUGUUGUAUGUUACACCUGAACAAGCAGCAACUUCUACAUUCAGGGAAAUUCUAUAUUUAUUAUAUAGACAUAAUAAAUUAGCGUAUAUCGUAGUUGAUGAAGCACACUGUGUCAGUCAAUGGGGUCAUGAUUUCCGACCAGAUUAUUUAAAGUUGGGGAACCUAAGGACAUCUUUGCCAGAUAUACCUUGGAUUGCUUUGACAGCUACAGCUAGUUCAACAGUAGUGAGUGAUAUACAGACACAAUUAAAAUUAGUGCAACCUAUAUCUUCAUUUAAAACACCAGUAUUUCGUUCAAAUCUUUUUUAUGAUGUUGUCUAUGAUGAUCUGUUAGAAGAUUCAUUUGAACAUUUAAAAGAUUUUAUUAAAAAUAUUUUGGAUGAUGAGCCUGAAAAGAAAAAAAGUGAACGAGGAUGUGGAAUAAUUUACUGUCGAACCAGAGAACUAACAGAAGAAGUAGCAACUGUAUUGUCCAUGAAAGGUGUUCCUACUGUUUCAUAUCAUGCUGGUCUAAAAGAUAAGGAUCGAAUCACAGUUCAGGAGUCAUGGACACAAGGUGAUUUUCCAGUGAUUUCAGCCACAGUCAGUUUUGGAAUGGGCGUUGACAAAGCUACAGUUAGGUUUGUUGUUCAUUGGGGAAUAGCCAGCAGUGUUCCAGCUUAUUACCAAGAGAGUGGUCGUGCCGGUCGAGAUGGUUUACCUGCCCAUUGCCGAAUAUAUCAUUCACGUGCAUCUCGUAAGGCACUUGAUUUUAUAUUAAAAAGUGAGUGUUCUAAAGCUAAAACAAAAGAUAAACAAGCUAUGGCCCUCGCAGCUCACAGAUCAUUUGAAAAAAUGGUUGAAUACUGUGAAACAUUGAGGUGUCGUCAUUGGACAUUUGCUCUGUAUUUUGGUGAUGAAAAACCAAAGUGUAUAAAACAAUGUGAUGUUUGUGCCGAUCACAAAAAUGUAGAAAAUUUAUUAACUAACUUUCAUCAUAUUGGUGAUAAUAAGACAUUGGCUAUAACAUCUGCAGAAUAUGAAAAAAAUUUCAAUGAUCUCUAUGAAGAUGGACGAAGAGGAUUGAAAAAUAAUUAUGAUGAGUACUACCGUGAAUCCAAUGAAGAUUCUGAUGGACGUGAUGAAGUAAGAGAAAAAAAAGAUACUGAACUUCUUAACUUGAUAAAAAAACAAUUUUCUCUCAGAAGAAAAUCAAAGGAUGAUGAAGAUUCUUCAGCAUCUAUUGGGAAUGACAUUGUUAAAGCUCCUGGAGCUACUGAGUGUAAAGUUCCUGGUCUUAAACUGAAUGUUCGGGAAAAUUAUGUUAAUUUCUUCAAAGAUUUAUUAAACAAAAAUCUUGAUAAAUGUAACAUUGUCGAUCCUCCUAAAAACAGCAUUGAAGAGGAUGAUGUUAAAACUAUUAGUGCUGACCUAGAAUAUAAUGUUUUCACCAGUUCUAAGUCAAUUACUGUUUAUAGAAGAAAUAUUUCUAAAUUGUUUGCAGAUAUACGGAAGUGUACUGAUGGAAUGACAUUAUAUUCUAAUUUAAAAGAUUUUGAAAGGGAUAUUAAUAGUUUAGGUUUAAGCAAGAUGCUGGAUCAUAUAAAAGUUGAGAAUAAGAAAAGAAUGUCUAUAAUAGAUGUCAGUGAUACAAUGAAACAAGAGCAAAGUUCAACAAAGAGCUCUUUGAGUAGUGAAGAAGAUUCUGAAAUGGAAAAACAUGAUAACUCUGAAAGCAGUGAAAAGUACUCAUCAUCUAUUGAAAUAGAAAAUAAAGAUGUUGAGGAUUCUCAUGAAACUAAAGGAAUUAAAAGGUUUUCUACUAGCGAUGAAAAUGAAUUACGAAAACCUCUUAGUUGUCCAGCAGUGUCUGAAAAAUAUUCCCCUCGUAUUGAUGAUGAUUCUGAACCUGAAGUUGAAAAUCAGCAUUUAAAAUUUUUAAUACAUCCUAAAUUAUUGAAAAAUAAUGUUUCCAGAGAAUAUACAAGUAAUGAAGAUAGUUUAGACAAAAAAGUUUCCAAUAAUUUGAAUGAAAGUGUUGAAACUACUAAUAUAUAUAAUGAGUUUCUGAAAGUGAACAACCAAACUAUCCUCGACUUUUCAUUUGAUGCAAAUCAAGUUUCUGAUACAACAAGUGCUUCUUCAGAACCUCAAAUAGUUCCACCUCCCGUAGUGAGUGAGGUAAAUAGCUCUAAUGAUUUUAAAAUCAGCGCUCCUAAUGGAGCAGUUCAUAAUGUUACAUUAAAACGGAAAUAUGAUGAUUUAUUUGGAAGUAGUCCUGAUCAUAGUACUAAAAAAGUGACUAAAAAGAUGCAGAAUCAAGAAACUAUUUCUAAACAGAAACUUGCUGAAGCUGCUUCAAGAGGCCGCUAUAGAGAAAAGAAAGUAGUCAGUGAUACUGUUGUUAAACACCUAAUGCCUUAUUAUAAAGCUAAAAAGAUAUGUUCUAGGGAUACUUUUAAAUUGUUGGCACGAAAAAUAGUUCAUAAGCUGGUAUCAGAUCAAGCUGAAUUAGGUGAAAAGGAAAUAAAAAAUUAUGUUGUGAAGAUUUAUAAAACUGGGCUUUUUAAUAAGAAUUCUGAUGAGUUGGAAAACACUGUCAUAUGAACUUCCAUAAUUUUAAUUUUAAUUACUUGCUUUUUAUAGAUACACGACACAUCUGACUUUUAAAAGUACUUUUUAACCUGUUUGAAGCAAAAUUGUGUUUUCACAGUUAACUGUUAAUAUAAAUAAUUAAUAGUUAGUAAAUAAUUCAUCCCACAUAAGAACCUAUACAUAUUUAAAACCAUAUUAAUAUCAUUGUUUAUGUGGUUAUAAUAGGAAAUAGCAAACGUUAAACAUAAAAUAUUACAUGUUUGUUGCAUGGACAUUUAUUAAGAAAAAGUUAUUGGAACUUUUUCUCAGACCUUAUGAAAGCGAAAAAUUUGCUUACAUAUAAUGUAUAUGUUUUCAGAAUAUGGGAAUAACACCAUUUUCUGUUAUGUAAUAUAGAAAAUCCAAUGUUUAAAUUAGAAAAAAAUUGAUAAUUUUUUUUUAAUUACUGUUUUAAAACUAAAAUUGUGUGUAAUUAUACAUGAGUACUUAUUCUAUGUUUUCUCACAUAAAUACCAUAAUAUUAUCGAACUUUGUAAACAAAAUACUUUUUAAAAAGUGAAUAUUUUUGUUUUUAUGAUUAAUGCUUGAACUAGUUGAGUUGAGUACAAAUUAUUUUUAUUUAUUUGCUUGUAGUUUUUAUUUAAUCUUUAAUGUUAUCUCUUAGGUUCAAUAUUAAAGCCAUUUGAUUAGAGCUCUAUUUACUAAUUGGCACAGUUUAUUAUCUGUAUUAUACUACAAUAAAAACUAAAAACACCUUUUACUUCUUUUUGAAUGAAAUGCCACUGAAUAAAUAAAUUAUAUUAGUAUUGAAAAAAAAACUAUUUAUUUAAUAGAGGGAGAGGAGGAGUUGAAGAUGUGCUCGCACAGACACAUGGGUUUUUCAAAAUUAACCAAUAAAUUCAUUAUUAAUAAUCUUGUGAAACUGACACAUGGUAGAAAAUAGAUCAUUAAAUUGAUGUUUAUUUGAAACAAAUACAUAACUGCAAAAUCAUUAGUAAAAUGGAACUUUGUAAGGAAGAGAUUAUUGUCCCAAAAUAACAAUAUGUUUUAAU